UCCUCCCCCGCCUAGAGACCUCGCCCCUAGCGCUGGGAAUGACUCUGUCCGCGCGCGGGUAGUCGCCGGCCGACCACUGCGGCGGAGAUUUGCAGCCGGGACUCCGUGGGCUUGCGACCCCGGGCUCGCAGCCGAGACACCGUGAGGCCCGUGACCCCGUGUUUGCAGAGGCAGCAGGAUCAUUCCGGGGGUCUGUGAGCCAAGUGAGGACGCAUCGCAGAGGCUGAGGAUGAGCACCGCGGAUCUGAUGCUGCGCUGGGCCAUCGCCCUGCUCCUGGCUGCUGCCGGAGUUGCAGCAGAAGACUCGUGCGGCACGAACGAGUUCCAGUGUAGAGACGGGAAAUGCAUCGUCAGCAAGUGGGUGUGUGACGGAAGUCCUGAGUGCCCGGAUGGCUCCGACGAGUCCCCUGAGACGUGCAUGUCUGUCACCUGUCGAUCCAACGAAUUCAGCUGUGGAGGCCGUGUCAGCCGAUGCAUUCCUGACUCCUGGAGGUGUGAUGGACGGGUCGACUGUGAAAAUGGCUCCGACGAACAAGGCUGUUCUCCCAAGACGUGCUCCCUGGAUGACUUCCGCUGUCAGGAUGGCAAGUGCAUCUCCCGGCAGUUUGUGUGCGACGGAGACCGUGAUUGCCUGGACGGCUCUGACGAGGCCCACUGCGCGGUCUCCACUUGCAGCCCCGCCCACUUCCGCUGCAACUCAUCCGCGUGCAUCCCCAGCCUGUGGGCCUGCGACGGGGACGUGGAAUGUGACGACGGCUCCGAUGAGUGGCCACAGAACUGCGGGGGCCGCGACACGUCCUCCGAACGGGAGAGCAGCCCCUGCUCCUCCCUCGAGUUCCACUGUCGCAGCAGUGAGUGUAUCCAUCGCAGCUGGGUGUGUGACGGCACAGCGGACUGCAAGGACAAGUCGGAUGAGGAAGAGUGCGCCGUGGCCACCUGCCGACCUGAUGAAUUCCAGUGUGCCGAUGGCUCCUGCAUUCACGGCAGCCGCCAGUGUGACGGUGAACAUGACUGCAAGGACACAAGCGACGAACUCGGCUGUGUCAAUGUGACACAGUGCGACGGGCCCAACAAGUUCAAGUGUCACAGUGGGGAAUGCAUCAGCAUGGACAAGGUGUGCGACUCCGCCCGGGACUGCCGGGAUUGGUCGGAUGAGCCCAUCAAGGAGUGCAAGACCAACGAGUGUUUGGACAACAAUGGUGGCUGUUCCCACAUCUGCAAGGACCUCAAGAUUGGCUCUGAGUGCCUGUGUCCCAGUGGCUUCCGGCUGGUGGACCUCCACAGGUGUGAAGAUAUUGACGAGUGCCAGGAGCCCAGCACCUGCAGCCAGCUCUGUGUGAACCUCGAGGGUGGCUACAAGUGCGAGUGCCGGGCCGGCUUCCAGAUGGAUCCUCACAGCAGGGCCUGCAAGGCUGUGGGCUCCGUAGGCUACCUGCUCUUCACCAACCGCCAUGAGGUACGGAAGAUGACCCUGGACCGCAGCGAGUACACCAGUGUGAUCCCCAACCUGAAGAAUGUGGUGGCCCUGGACACCGAGGUGGCCAACAAUAGAAUCUACUGGUCUGACCUGUCCCAACAAAAGAUCUACAGUGCUCUGAUGGACCAGGCCCCGAGCUUGUCCUAUGACACCGUCAUCGGUGGGGACCUGCAUGCCCCUGACGGGCUGGCAGUGGACUGGAUCCACAGCAACAUCUACUGGACAGACUCAGUCCCGGGCAGUGUGUCCGUGGCUGACACCAAAGGCAAGAGGAGGAGGACGCUGUUCCAGGAGCUGGGGUCCAGACCCAGAGCCAUCGUAGUAGACCCCGUGCAUGGCUUCAUGUACUGGACGGAUUGGGGAACGCCUGCCAAGAUCAAGAAAGGGGGUUUGAAUGGUGUGGACAUCCACUCACUGGUGACAGAGGACAUCCAGUGGCCAAACGGCAUCACACUAGAUCUUCCCAGUGGCCGCCUCUAUUGGGUUGAUUCCAAACUCCACUCUAUCUCCAGCAUCGAUGUCAACGGGGGCAACCGGAAAACAAUUUUGGAGGAUGAGAACCAGCUGGCCCACCCCUUCUCCUUGGCCAUCUAUGAGGACAAAGUGUAUUGGACAGAUGUCAUAAAUGAAGCCAUCUUCAGUGCCAAUCGCCUCACUGGUUCAGAUGUGAAUUUGGUGGCUGAAAACCUCUUGUCCCCAGAGGACAUUGUCCUGUUCCACAAUGUGACACAACCUAGCGGCGUGAACUGGUGUGAGACAACAGCCCUCCCCAAUGGUGGUUGCCAGUACCUGUGCCUGCCCGCUCCACAGAUCAGUGCCCACUCACCCAAAUUCACCUGCGCAUGCCCUGACGGCGAGCUGCUGGCCAAGGACAUGCGGAGCUGCCUCCCAGCAGUCGACACUGUACUGACCACCCAGGGGACAUCUGCCUCCGGGCCACCGAAGCACACGGAGGGUCCCUCAGCCACCAGCUCUUCCAGGCCGCCUGUGGACACCCCAGGGCUCAGCACAGUGGAGUCGGUGACAGUGUCCCACCAAGUCCAGGGCGACAUGGCUGGCAGAGGGAACGAGGAGGAGCCGCCGCACGGUGUGAGGUUCUUGUCCAUCUUCUUCCCUGUUGCACUGGUCAUCCUCCUUGUCUUUGGGGCCAUCCUACUGUGGAGGAACUGGCGGCUGAGGAACAUCAACAGCAUAAACUUUGACAACCCAGUCUACCAGAAGACCACGGAGGAUGAACUCCACAUUUGCCGAAGCCAGGACGGCUAUACCUACCCCUCGAGACAGAUGGUCAGCCUGGAGGACGACGUGGCAUGAACAGCUGGGAGAGCAGCCUCUCCCCCUCCAGGAUCCGUUGCCACGCCUAGCCGGGAAGGACCUGUUCUCCACACCCCCAUCCUGCACUGCUCCUGCCACCUCGGUGGGCCCUGUGUUGCUCAAGGCUGGGCUGGGGCCACACCCAUCGCCUGCCUGCCCCAGGUUCUGUUUUAUAUAUUUAUUGUCUGGGGACAGAAAAGGCUACUACUGACUGUGGUCAAGAUGGGAAUUCUGCCUGGGAUUUUUCUUUGAACACUAACUCCGAGGAGGAAGAGACCCAGGUAGAGAGAAGGCUGCUGGUCUGAACUUGAGACAGCAGGUACCAGUGACAGGGUCCCAGGUCCCCUAGCCAAUCCCUUAACUCAGGACUACCUGCACUGACCUUCACCCCGAGAGCCUUCCUGUCUGACUCCGCCACCCCCUCGAAGCAAGGAAAGUGACUCAUGACAUUCGGUACUGAUCCUGCUGGGUCCUGGGGCCAGCAGCUGCCGGUGAGGGAUGUCUGCUCAUGCCUUUGCCAAAACUUCACCUGUUCCUGGAGGGAGAGGCCUGAGUCGCCAUUCUCCCUUAAUAUUUAUGAAGUGCCUGAGACAUCUGGUUGCCUUGUUCAGGAGUCCUGGCCUGCGCUGGUUAAGUGUCCUGCUGCUCGGGGGUGGCUGGUCACCAGGACCUCCGUCGGUGCCUAGCCCGUUGGCCGUUGUGAGGCUUGCACUUCUGCGCACUUUCCCGUCUGGGUGGGGCACCCACGUGGUCCACAUCUGUACUCUUAGGUUGCACUGUUUGCUGGAUGGAACCUCAGGCCGGAAGUGGCCCCGAAUCACUGACCAUAGAGGAAGUGGCCAGGCUCCAAGCAUCCAUUGCCUUCUUCAGUACUGGGUGGAACUCAGGGCCUCUGUUUGGUGUUUUGUUUUGUUUGCUUGUUUGUUUGUUUACUUUAAACCUCUGCCUGGUAGUUUGUGAUUCUGCACAACAGAGUUGUUCAGCCCCCCUGGUAACAAUGACUCAACACAAUCUUUCUCCCAGAGACCUCCAGCCUGGGCUGCACAGUAAGACACUGCUUCAGAAUGGGAAAUGGGAGAGGGGGCGGGGAGGCCUCCAUGCUUGGUUUUAAAGCCCAAAGUCAGCCAGGUGCAGGUGUGGCGGCACUUGGCUUUAAUCCUGGACUCAAGAGGCAGAGGCAGGCCCGUCAGAGGUCCAAUCCAGCCUGGGCUACGUAGUGAGACCUUGUGUACUAAAAACCAAAAGAAAUCCCACAAUCCAGGCUAUUUGGGGGAACUUGGAAGAAUAUUUAGAAAUUGCCACAGAUUUGUCACAUGGGUAACCUAAGAAGACAGUGGUGGCCUUGCUUGGAUUCCUGGGUAGAUCGCCUGCCCACUGCUCAGGACAUGCGGGCACUCUGCCCAGCUAGCACACCAGGACACUUGUGAGGAGCCCUGUGCUGUGCCAAGGGCACCUGGCUCAGUUCUCACUGGAUAUUCAAGGAUAUCGCACAUAUGUAUUAAAUCUAUUUAUUUUUGCAAACCCUGAUUGCUGCACUUGUCGGGACGUUUCUCCAGGAUAGGCUGGGGUGAGACUCUGGGAUGCUGUGUACAAAGAUGAUUUGAAUGGACUCAUCUCAGGCUUCUUCUGUGUGUUGCUUUAAAACCCUUGUUCAGAUGUUUUUCUAAGCUGAAAAUGUCUUACUAUGAUGGAUUAAAUUCCUUCUUGGAAA